UCUGCGUCUGCCAGUGCUGUUGCGGUUGCUUCUGAACUGCUUUGCUGCGUUGUUGCUUCGUGUACACCCUGCAUUGCUGUAUCGCCACCACCUUUGGGCUGCUUAUCUGUGCCUCUACAUACACACGCUACCUAGCUGCCGCCCGGACACCGUUCUCAGCUGCACCCACGCCCUCAUUCUUAUCUACGUCAUUUUUCAGCACACCACACAGCGUUAUCUGGACUGCUUCUGUGUGUGUCCUGCUCUUUCCCACCCACCUACACACGUCCACGUAUCCAGCGAACCGCUGAAGCACCGCCACACGUGCCGUGCAUAGCUCUGCCCUUCCCAACCGGCGCUUUUCGCUUUUGAUUUGUCUUUGCUGUCUCUCAGAAGGACUCACUCAAAAGGGGAGACCGAAAAAAAAGAAGAACUCCAAGUCUGAGACACGCCGACCCGUCGAGCAUGCUGAAGGCCUCGUCGUCAAACAUGGAACAUCUGGCUUCUACUAGUAUCGACUCUGGCAAUCCGGGCCAGAACCCCGCCUUACCCCCUGUCGUUAUGGCCCCCUCGGGCCCCCAGGCUACUGCCCCUGCUCAGGCUCCAGGCACUGCGAUCCACCUGCCACCGUUCUCAGUGCCAUCUGGAUCCUCUGGCGCUGCGCCAGCUGCACCUGCUGCGUCGCAGCAGUCGCCACGGUCGAACCAUGCCAACAGCCACCAGCAUUCACAGCCUACAAUCAAGUCUGAAGUCUCGGUGAAGGACGAGUUCAGAGAUGAACCGCAAUUUCCUGAGACGCACUCCCAACACCUGUCGCCAUCGGGCUCGAAUCAGGACAACAACUCCUCCAGCGAAGACGGCUCCAAGAAAGACUUGGACCACAUUGUCCCCAAUGCCAAAACCACCACGACAACACAGUCGAACGGUUCCACAACAACAAAACAGAACAUGUCCACCCCGACAUGUAAGAACUGUAAGACCCAGACGACUCCGUUGUGGAGAAGAGAUGAAACAGGCCAGGUUUUGUGUAACGCUUGCGGUUUGUUUUUGAAACUGCACGGACGUCCAAGACCGAUUUCCUUGAAGAGUGAUGUCAUCAAGUCAAGAAAUAGAGUCAAGCACAACAACAAGUCGUCACCAAACACACCUGAGUUGAAGGCAAAGGAUGUCAAUGGCUCAAAUGUGCUGAAUGGCACCCACAAUAACACCAACAUCAACAACAAUAACAACAACAACAAUAACAACUCCACCAGCGGCAACCACUCUUCACCAGCUUUGCCUUCCAACGGAAGUAACCUUCCAAACCAAAACGGGAUGCAGAGCAUCAACAAUUCGAGCAAUAACAAGAUCUCGUCGAAGUUUUUGCCAAAACAGUACAAACCGAAUACGAAGAAUUCCAAAUCGAAGAGAUCGACCAAGAGUGAUUCCAAAGACCAACCUAGUAAAGCUGCUAAAACCAACAAAUCAAAACAGCUGAAUCACAGUGAUGGUGUUAAUGGUAAUAUCACUUCUCCAAACCUACUACCACUUUUGCCAAGAGGCCAGGCCACUCAGAACUUGCCUCCUGGAACUCCUUACACCUACGCUUCUACAACUGCUUGGAUGAAUAAGUCUCAAGGUACAAAUAUCCAAUCUCUUCAUUACCCUUCCUCCACCCCAACACAGUAUGUUUCGAAUUUGAAUAGAAUCACCUCACCGUUGCUGUUAUCCACGACGACACCUCCGAAAUUAAACCCAACCCCUUCUCAGUCUCAAUCCUCCGAAAGAUCUUCUUCAAUGAACUCUGUUCCAAACAACUUGAAUAGAGAUGCGGUGCUGAAUGCAGCUGGCGCUUUAGAAAUCCUGAGCCAGCAAGCAACCUCUACAGAUUAUAUUCCUGGAAUGAGAUUGAACUCUCCACACUCAACUCCUCUUUCAAACCCAACUGCAAUGGUGGAAAAGUUGCCCCCAAUCGGUCUGUUAUCUAGAUCCCAAACUUCAUUCAAUGAGCACGACGGCAAAUCUUCAUCCAAUGAACCAACUCAUUUGCAUAAUAUCUUGUCACCGCCAAACACCGAUAUAAAAUCGCCUUCUCCUGUAGCGGGUAUAAAUCUUUUGCAACAGCAGCGACAUUAUCAAGCUGCCGAGCAGAUUCAUACCACACUUCCUCCACUGACAGCGAUCACGCAACAACCCCCACUUCCUCAGCAGCAUCAGCAUCAUCAACAACAACAACAACAGCAGCAACAACAAACUCAACAAGCUCAACAGCAUCAACAACAACAAGCUCAACAAUCUCAACAGCAUCAACUACUAGAACAAUCACAGUCGCAGCAACAGCUGAACAAACUCCCACCUCUUAAAAAUGUUCCCGGAAUUUCCAGCGUAAUGUACAAUAACGAUGAAACAAACUCGAAAGUUCAUGGCCCGCCCGGUAGUGCCAGUGCCAGUGCUGAUGUCAGCUUGUUGAACAUCAACAAUAUGAAUAACUCCAAUCUUCACGAUGAAAAUGAAAGACUACGUACACGGAUCAGUGAAUUGGAACUAGUGAAUGAUUUGUACAAGACACGAAUCAAUGAACUUGAAGAAGUCGAUGCAAAGUUUCAGAAGGCGGAAUCAGAGUAUAGAAAACAGAUUCGUGACCUCGAGUAUUCAUUGGGUCUUCAAAACCAACAACAGGUUAACUUAAAGAUGAAUUCCGAAUUCAGUGGCGAAAAGCGUCAGGCAAGUAACGAUGAAGCCGUCAAUGCAGGUCACAUUGAAAAAAGAAUCAAGGUAGAAAAUUGAUUAUAUGUGUAUAUAUAUUUUUCCCCCAAAAAACCAUUUGUGUCUUAUUACUUAUAUCUAUUCCAACUUUUUUCUUUUAUUUAUAGUUUUGUGGUUUCUCCC